ACAAACACAAAGCCAAUGACCCCAAUGACGAACAAACAGCAUCAGUAUGAAACUCAGUCUCUCACUGAGGCACACAACAGCCCGACACUGAAUUCAAGAUGGCGCUGUUGCUUCUACUGGUGAUGCUGACAUCGUGUGCUGCCAUUCCACAAGAUCUGUCAAAUAAAAUGUUCACCUUCCCAGAAGAAACUGACACAGCUCAUGUGAGGGUGACUACAUCAAGGCAAGAUCUGAGCGCUGUGACCGUGUGUUUCAGGUCCUUUACUGACCUAAAAAGAGAGCAUUCAUUGUUCUCUUUGGCUACACCGUCUGCUAUCAAUGACCUCCUGAUAUACAAGAAAGCUGAAAAUGGUUUUUUUUACCUGAAUGUGAGGGACAAAUGGGUUGGUCUUGAAGGGCUGGCCUACAAGCUGAACACGUGGCAUUCUAUUUGUUCCACAUGGGACGCUACUUCUGGACUCGCACAGCUGUGGGUAGAUGGAAUGCCUUCAAGCAGGAAAUUCGUCAGCUCUGGAUCCAACAUCAGUGGACCCAUCAUCAUUGUCUUAGGACAGGAACAGGAUUCCUAUGGUGGAGGAUUUGAUAAAAACCAGUCUUUUGUUGGCAUGAUAUCUGAUGUCCAUAUGUGGAACUACACCCUUUCACCCUGUGAGCUCAAGACCUAUAAGAUCAGCUUCGCACCUGGCAAUGUGCUGAACUGGGAUGCAUUUGAGUUUCAGAUUGUAGGAAGAGUGCUGUUAGAAAACAAACAGUCCUGUGACUAAACAUUUGAAACAAGAUUUUGAUUUCUUACAAGAUUUAAAAAUCUAUUUCUGUAAUAGUAUUUUAUGCUCAAUGCAUACGACUGCGUCAACUCUUUACUAUCAAUGUGUUGUAGUAAGUAGUAGUAAGUAAAUUUAUAUAUCUAAAAUAGAAAAAACAACACAAGUUUUAAGAGUUCUGAUUUCCCCAGUGGUUAUCUAUCUAUCUGUCUAUCUAUCUAUCUAUCUAUGAUAAUAAUUUGUUCUUAGCUUGUGGAAGUAAAUUCAUAAAUCAUUUUUUCAUUCCAAUAAAGUC